AUGGGGCGAUUUACAGACGACAUCGACAAACAGUUUGAACAGCGUAUGAACGAUCUAGACAUUCGGGCACAGGCUGCAGGCGGCAGAAUUGAUGAGCUUUCGCCAAAAGUAGACCAUUUAAAAGACAGUCUAAAAUCCAUAGAAGACUUCUUUCUUGCUCGACUUAUGCACACCGUUAAGGAAACUACGGACGCGGUCAGUUCGGGGGCGCAGAAUGCUGUCAACUUGCAGAAAAUGCUCGAGGUUGUAUUGAAGAGUGUUUUCGAGGGCCAAGCCGAGGUAGCAUCUUCUUAUGAGCACUCAAUGCAACUUGCCAACCAACGUGCAGAGUCUGCAAUUGACACGGCGAUUCAGGCAAUCGCGGUAGUUACCGAGUCUGCAGCGCAUUUACGAACCCAAGUCGAGCUUUCGCGUCUCCAAGCAAUGGAAUUGGAAUCGAGGCAAGCCAAUUUAGAGGAGGGCAUGCAACGACUUAUCAGUAUCACAGAAAACUUAGCGGUGAAAUACGACGAUCAUACGAGCCUACUCCAUCAGGCACGCAAUAUAACGAAUGAUAUUCUUGAAACACUAGAGGACACAGCCGCUGAGGCAGCUAAUGUCGGCAAUUCAAUCCUUAAGCAGUCGUCUGGCUCGUCAUGGUGGCCCUAUGUUUGGUGCCCGGCGGCAUCACUAGUACUAGGCUCGUACGGGCUCCCCCCUUCCGCGAUGAGAAAUUUGGUACUGUUGACUUUAGGCGAGGUAGCUGGCCUUACAAUAUCAUCUAUGAAGUCGUCCGCGCCUACCAUCAAGCUCUCUACUUUGCUAUAUACUUGGGGGAAUUCAUUUCCUAAAUCAAGCUCGCCUUCCAACACCGCUAGCCAACCUGAAUUGCUAUAG